AUGUCUCAUGAUGAGAAAUAUAUAGAAAUUUGUCGAAUCAACCACCUCCUGCCGUAUGCGGAUCAGAUGGAGGCCUAUGCGGACGCUGCAACGAUGAGUCUAAGGGAGUCCUUUAGACGUCUCAUCUCCUCCAGUACCUACCUCUGCCACCGCUAUAGCUUUGCAUAUGACAUCAAAAACUUUAUUGAGAUGUUUGGAUUCCGGUUUACUAAACAGGAGUACAUUGCCAUCGUUAAGUUCGGGCUUGGCCUAGUGUUUUGUCGGCAAGCCGAUACAAUGACCCGCGCCGUUUGGGCGGAGUGCGUCGAAUUUCUGCUAGCCAAUGCUGGCGUCUAUAUCGCAAGGGAUGAGUUGCAGCUUGAUUGGAAGCUCUUCAGAAACGCAGCUAUCAAUAUUGAAAUGAAUAAUGACGUGCGUCAGUGUAAACUAGAUUUGGAUCGUGUGUGGCUUGACGAUAUUUUCUACAUUUGGUACAAAUAUCCCAAGGUGGAAAUUAGCAAGGAGGUAAUCUCGCUCCUCAGGUAUUUGGCUUUGGCAUUCCCGGGAAGGAUUGAUUGGGAGCCGCAUUUGGACCGAAUCUUCAAUUUUCUUAUGCUAAACCUCUCCCCCGAGAACGUCCUCGGCGAUCGUGGCCGGUACGUCAUGUCGCAUAUCGCCGACAUCCUUGUCUUUUCCAUUGGGCCAGGAUCGAGCACCAUCGAUAGGCUACGUGAUCUUUUCGAAGUCUGCAAGUGUAUCUAUCACCCCUCGACAAGGCACAGUUCCACGCCUACCUUCCUCUUCUUUUGCGCCCAUCUCCUCAUUGUUCUGAGAACGCGACUUCAAUGGGAGCUGAAUGCCUGUCCCGAAAUCGCUACCAUUUAUGGGGAACCUACUAACUGGGUGAAACUGACACGGGAGCAAGUGGAUGACUUGGUGGACAUCCUACUACCUAUUUGCUUGUACACCAAUAUUUACACCAGCUUCGCUGACACUGGUCUGGGAGUGGCGCUACUUUCCAUCCAAAAUCUUGCCGCUCUGCGACCGCGUCUCCUCUUACCGCGUCUCCUGGAGAGCCUAGAGGCGGGCAUCCUCUCACCGGAGCUGCCUUUGCGCGUCACGCGACCACUAAUGGCUCUCGCCAACGCCGCUGUUUACCUCACUGCUCUUGGCCUCCCUGGAGAACGGUCCGACUUCACAGCUAUCGGCUGUCAGCCCACCGACCAACCGCACAACUACACCGCCGAGACCCCAAGGAUGCAGACCGUCGAAUUGAGGAAAUACAUAAAUUCACAUCUCUAUUCCAUGUCAUACCCCGAGGGACGAACUCUAGUGGCGCGCAUUUUGCGCUGCUGCCUCAUCAAUCUCGACCCAAACCACCGUGAUCGUCUCCACCAUAGCAUCUUGGCUCUUAACACCCUCUGUGAGCUCUUUUACUUCAUAUUCACCGUUAUUGAAAUGCCGGUAGAUGGGAAGGGAAAUAAGGAUGGGGAACAGAAUCUGCGACGCAUGAUGCAACUGGGCUUCGAGGCCAGCGAAGUGGCGAGGGCAAAUGUGGAUGUAGAGGAUCUUGUUGUGCAGAUAUACUCGCAGGUGUUACAUGUUAUGGUGAUUGAAAACGAGGCGCCGCACUUUCACGUGGCCGCCAACGAGACGGAGCAGAGAACUGGGUGCAUACGGGAUCUCUCCCCCUCACUCGCGAGCCUCGGGGUUUCCCUCGCCAUCUCCGCCUCACCCGUCCCACGUCUUCGCGUUCGUCUCGUCAAGAUCCUUACCGAUGCAAUUUUUCAAAACCACUGGAACACCGCCAACAUCCGCCUUCUCAGCGCCAUGCUCUUUUGGCUCAUCAGCGGCCGUCGCGGCGUCGCUGUCGACGGAGGUGGGCAGCUUCCCGAGUCCGAUAUCGCGCUCUUCGCCCUGCGCCAAUUCUGGCCGCGCUUUUUCCAUCUCUUUGAGGAGCUUGAUAAUGAAAACGGUCUCACACAUUUAUCGAAAGUGGAACCACGUUUUCUCACUUUGCUCGGUGUUGUGCCGGCCUAUUUGUGUGCCCUCGUACCCUCUCAUUUGGCUUUGAUUCAAACUGAUUUCAUUAACCCCAUAAUUGAUGUUCUCUCUCGCCUCCUGACUAUCUCCAUCGGUGCGGAUGGCGCAUUUCCGCCCUCUACUGAACUCGCGCAGGUCGCCUCUGAGUGCGCCAGUGUGUUAAUGUUUCGUCUUGUGACGUUCUCUCUCAACCUUGACAAGGUGGACGUCUUCAACUCAGAUGCGCAUUGUGCACUCGCCCAAUCGGCCUAUCUUAAUGAUCCGCUGUGGACGCCGUACGUUGGGUGGCGCGAAAUGAUGAGGUCUUCCCACUGGAAUUACCCCACACCCGAGUCUUUUGCUGUGGCCGAACACGUCGUUCGUGCAUUGUUUCUGCCAACUCUGACCAAGAUCUCCGCCGUCACUGAAGAGCUCCGUGCAUACAUUGCAGAUGAAGUGACAGUAGCGGUGGAAGAGAGUGAGGAGAACCUGCCUCGGCUGUCCCGUACCUCGGGUCAAUUCUGCACCUCACUGCAGCGGAUGUUCCUCAUCAGCCUGGCCACCUGGAUGAAGAACAUUGCUGCAGGAAUGUUUGAGGGUCUUAAACCAAGACUUAUCACUUACGCCGAUGUCGAGUACGUGAAAAAGGUGUGCACUGAGUUGGAGGUAACCCAUUCAGACAUUUUGAGUGCACCGCUGAGUGGCGCUAGUGACACCUUCAAACUCAACAUCCCCUUCUUUGAUGUGCCUGCUGCAUCGGAUGGAUCUUGUCUACGAGAACAAAUUUUCCGUGUGGGUCUGGAAUUCCUGGACGUUUUUGCUAAACUCUCUGCCAAAUGUGAUACACGCUUUGCAAAUUCAUCGGUUCGAUCGAGCGGUCAAAGUGUUAUUGGCACUCUUUAUUGUAAGGAAAGCCUUGAAAGCAUUGUCGAAGUCGUUGCCACAGCUUGUGCUAAUAUUUCUUUGAAAUUGUGGGAACCCUUGAGCACUUGCAUGUUCUCCCUCCUCGAAGUCAACAUUGGUAGUCACAGCGGGGUUUUGUUCGACAAAUCCCCCUUACUGCCUGCCAAAGUGCAUAAAAUCUGUGGAAUGCACGGCACUUCGAGGGCGCUGUUGGCGGCCUAUGCGGAUGGUGAGGCACCCUCAUUGCGGUGCGGCGGGGGUGGCUGCUUCGGCAUGAGCUACUUACCCCUGGCCUGGCUCCUGUGUGCGCGCAAACAGCAUACAAACUUCGUAUGCACUGUCCUCCACUCAGCUGCCGUAUGGCCAGGCUCCGAAGCCACCGCACUCUUUACACGCUGUCGACUGCCCGCUAAUUCGCAGUCCCUGCGUCUUGUCGAUAUAUGUGCUCGUAUUGGCCUCACCUCCAACAAGAAUGGCGUCUUUAAGCUCGCUAUGAAGGUCUUCAAGACAGGUGCCGGCUACUACAUACCUGGGGCAGUGUGCUUGGUUGCACAGCUCACCGUGGAUACGCUCAAAAAACUAUGUGGUCCUGAUUUUCUCAGUAGUGAGAAUUCAGUGUAUCGGACUCAGAGCUAUCGCCGAAAAAGGGCCAUUUUCAUCCUGCACGAGUUUCUUGAAGAUAUCCGUUUCGUAUGGGAAAUUAGCUCCAUAAAUCCCCGGCUUUGGGCAGAGAUCUGGGUGGCAUUUGCCAAGUCAGCACUCUUCCCUAGCGUCAGUCCUCGCUCUACCUCUGACUCAUCCAUACUACCAGGCCUCUCACAGACCCAACUCACAGAGCGUUAUAAUGAUCAGGAAGAAAUUUCCCACGUAAUUAAGGCAUCUUUUAGUUUACUGCAAGGCCACCACUUUCCGCUUUACUUUCCCGUCUCCUUCGAAGUAGAGGCCCAUCCGCACAAUUCACCUUUGCGGCGUCUUAUAGUGGAUGCUCUGAGCCUGUUCAAGGUCUUAGGCGGGUCAGAAGCGAACAUGGUGAAAGAGACUCCUUUUUUGCUGGUUGAUACCAUGGCCCUGCGUCGAGAGGCCUACAGAUUCCUCACAAAUGCGCUCUACACCGAGUGCCUGGAGCACGCAGAUACCACGGCCAACUACAUGACGGUGGUACACAUCCUUUCUUGCUACCCCUUCAUGGCCGACGACUCGGACAAUGCGGUAUGGGAGGCAGCCCUACCGAAGGAGUCGGGGGGCGCCGAGUUCAAGCUCACUGCGCCACCACCACCGCCGCCGCGCACAGCCCUAGUGGGUAAGGUGCUGGACUUUCUCACCUCCCAGCACACUAGUCUCGCCUCAGCUGCAGCCAAUUUUAUUGCAUCCUACCUUCGGCUCUUCCUGCUGCGCUCGCACGCCUUUGAACACAUCUUUGUCGAUCCGGGUGCCGUGGACCUACCAGUUUCCUGCCACAGCAACGCUCCCGGCCUUAUGCUUGAGCCCCGCUUCGAAUGCCUCUCCUCCAAGACCAACUUCACGCGUGCUAAUCACAUCUACAAUCUCAGUCAGCCCUUCUUUUACUUUGAACCUCCAAAGACGUGGGUGGAUCCUCUCUAUACUCCAGCCUAUCCUACCUUCUCGGGCCCCGACGAGAGCGAGUUGGUGAGGUUCGGUGAUGCCGAGGAGUGGCUGAAACCGCGAUCAGAGAUGGACUGUUCGUCGAUGUCGCCGGAGGAUGUGGAGGAGUUGCGCUCAGGUCUCAUAGCGGUCGCUAAUCACGUUGCGAAGCGCGAGUUUUGGUUCCAAUUGAGCCGCCAAUUCCUCUACUUCCACCGCUGUGACUCCAAAAUCGAGGAGAACGUCUGGCUUCUCGUCGCCACGGUGAUCGCAGCAUUCGGCCCUCGACCCUUCUUGCAACGCCUGGAGGACUUUAUCAUGGCGCUGAUUCAGCCAGCGCUUUCAAAGCAGAUGGACGGCGUGACUGAGUUCGUAGGCCCGACACUAGCCACCCACGCUCUUCAGGGGCUGUUGGCAGGCUCUCUCGACUGGCCCCGCGAGGCUCGACUUGCCCUUUUCGCCCGCGUACUGCCCCGCCUUCUGGUGUCCAUCGAGGCCGCCUCUCAGCUCGCUUCCACCCAACCCAUUCUCGAGGCUCCCCAUGGUGUCAUAUUUAUCACUUCCGGCACAACCGCCGUAGGUGGAUCAUUUUCAGCCACGUUUGGGACCACCUCUACACCGAAUGACGGAAAUAGCGCCAGCGAUACGUCAAUGAAUGAUCGUCAAGCAUAUAGGAUACUCUCCGAGACUUGGAACCGUACUGAUGCCAUGGACGAUCACAACAUUGAUGGUCCAAUGAUUGCAGAGCAAAAUACUGACUGUGCAGGCCCUAAGACUCGUCUUCCCUUCCCUAUUAUGUUUUUUGUGAAAAUCUACGCUGACCGAUGCCUCCAACAUUUCAUUUACCUGUCAUAUAUUUGGCGAUUCUUCUGUGAACUUGCAUCGGAUGUCAAUGGAAAUAAUCAAAACGAAUUAUUUGCUGUAUCCGAGAUUGAUGAUAAGUGUGAAGCUCCAGUGAAUCACUGCGGCCACCGCGUUCCUGCUGGGCACGGCGAAUGCCCUGUGUGUUUGGGGCGACGCCUGUUUCCGCUUUUGGAACAGCGUCGCGCCUUGAUGUACCAAGUAUCGCUUCUACUCGUACUGAAAUUGGAGUGGGGCGCACUGCACCUGUUGAAGCACGUUCAUGCAGCGGGGAGUGACGCAUGGGAGACCCUUGCCUGCAGCGUCUCCUUGUGGACCCGCGAAGACGCCAGUAUUACUGCCGGUGUCUUUGCCUCUGCAGGUUUUGAUGCCACCCUCAUGGAAGCACCCCCAACUUUGCGUCUCUACGCCGCCACUCCCAGCACUGAUUGCCCGCAGACCUCCGAGCAUCUUGUCUCCUCGCUCUUGGAGGCCAAACUGAUUGAGCCGCUGGCCGCCUCCGCUGCCGCCGAACUGCUCACUGACGCCGUUGUUGGACCGGAAUUCGUCAUGAGACGCUUUCUGCCAUUACUUGUACGAGACUCGUUGACUGUCUUGGUGCUCAAGGGGGUUGUUCCUUCGAAAAAGAGCUUUGCUCUACAAAAUGAUCUUUUAGCAAAUGCUGUUGAAAAACUCACCCCUGUCACACCGGAGCUGUUGAAUUGUUCCUCAAGGAUGAAGUGGUUGGUUUCGCAACAGAUCAAAGCACGCUUGAGCACCUUGGUCUCGGUUCUUCCGAGAGUCAUCAACGGUGCCUUUUCCACAAACCCCGCUCUAGAAUCAGUGGGUGCGUCGCGUGACGCCGUCCUGCUUCUUCUAGCUCCCCUCCUUGCAGAUGUCGUGUCAAGCAGCAAUUUCUUCUGGACCGCGGGCAAGUCAGUGAAGAACGAAGACGGCAAAAACGAGCUCAACAAGUGCAUAGCCACCGCGCUCCGGUCCCUCUAUGGAAAGGUCUCAAUGGGGCACACAUGCGCAGAGUUGUCCCUAACUCAGGCCAACCGCAUGCUGGACAUUGUGGAGGUCUUCUUGCUGCACAGCUCCUGGAAGACUCGCAUAUACGGCCUGAAGCUGGUGCGACGUCUAGUUGUGUGUAACAUCUGCUCCUUCUGGCGACGUGAUGCACACGGCAAGGAGCUUCGUGCGCGCUUGAAGAGCCAUCUCAAUGAGGCUCUCACCGACCCCUGGAUUGAGGUGGCUCGCGAUGCCUCCGACGCCAUCGCCUACAUUCUGCAACUCGGUAUCUUAAAAUAUGAGGACCAGUGGUUCCGUCAUCUAGUGAAGGAAUCACGGGUGGAAUUGAGGAGACAGGGCGGCGAAAAAAGCACAAAGGAAGGCCAGAGGGAGCUACGCCGCCGGCACGCAGGCGUGCUGGGCCUCUGUGCCUUUAUCAAGGCCCGCGAGCACGACACGCCCCACUACCUGCCUGAGGUGAUCACCGAGGUGGCGGAGCACGCUCACGACCCCCAGCCGAUUGCCAAGUCGGUCGCUGACACCCUCACAGCCUACUCGCGUUGCCACCACUGGGAUCGAACCAAUUUCUCCGAAGCGCAACUUGAAGCCUAUCUCUCGGUUGCCCCCUCCGUCAGCUACUACGUCUGA